AUGUCAUUUCUUCCUUCUUUUUCAGCUUCUUCUUCUGCCUCUCAUUUUUCUUUCCCUAUCUUCUUCUUUUUUCUGCUUGUCUCGCUUUCAAUACUUCUGUCUCAUUUUCCUCCUCAAAUCAUCUCUCUCUCUCUCUCUCUCAUCAACGUCUUCUUUAUCAUUUUCUUUCUCCCUACCUCAUGGCUAUUUAUUUAUUUUCACUUUUCUCCCUUCUCUAUUUUUUAUUCUCAACCCGUCUUUUACGUUUGUCUUUCUUUCUCAUUUUUCCGCCGUUUUCUCCCUUCAUUAAGUUUUAAAAUCUUGUCCCUUUCAAUCGACCUCCUUUUUUUUUAUAUCUAUCCCCACCCUCUCAGCUUUUCCCCACACCCCAUAAUCACUUGUCCAACUCCAGAUUCAUUCUCUUCUAUCUACCCUACUCUUUCCUUUAUCUCGGCAACGCCUUUGCUUUCUGCCACACCCGCCCUCUCCAUAUUGUUUUCUCACAUGUCAGGAAUUGGGCAACGAACAGAAGAUGGAAGAGAUUAG